CUCUUUCCCAACCUCUCAUCCUCUCUGCCAUUAGCAGCAACCACACAAAAAAAGAAAGAAAAAAGAGAGAGAGAGAGAGAGAGACAUGGUUUCGCUCAAGCUCCAGAAGAGGCUCGCCUCGAGCGUCCUCAAGUGUGGCCGUGGCAAGGUCUGGCUCGACCCAAAUGAGGUCAACGAAAUCUCCAUGGCCAACUCUCGCCAAAAUAUCAGAAAGCUGGUUAAGGAUGGUUUCAUCAUCAGGAAGCCAACCAAGAUCCACUCGCGUUCUCGAGCACGUCGUAUGAAGGAAGCCAAGAGGAAGGGGCGUCAUUCUGGAUAUGGUAAGCGUAAGGGUACAAGGGAGGCUAGGCUUCCUACCAAAGUGCUAUGGAUGAGGAGAAUGCGUGUUCUCAGGCGCUUGCUCCGCAAGUACCGGGAAUCUAAGAAGAUUGACAAGCACAUGUACCAUGAUAUGUACAUGAAGGUGAAGGGUAAUGUUUUCAAGAACAAGCGUGUCCUUAUGGAGAGCAUCCACAAGUCCAAGGCUGAGAAGGCAAGAGAGAAGACGUUGUCUGACCAGUUUGAGGCGAAGCGGGCAAAGAACAAGGCCAGCAGGGAGAGGAAACACGCUAGAAGGGAGGAACGCCUGGCCCAGGGACCUUCUGGAGAAAGACCAGCACCUGCUGCCCCAGCUGCUCCUGCUGUUUCUGCAUCUCAACCUACUCAGACAUCUAAGAAAUCCAAGAAGUGAGACCAUUAUGAAGAGAGCUGAAGGAUGUAUGACUUUUGAUGGUUCAUGUGCCCUCAGUUACUUUGUUAGAGUAGUUUUGACCAUUCUGUGUGUUAUUUGUUGGUUUUGGAACAUGUUAGUUUAUAUCCUAGAUAAAAGGAGGCUUAAUAUUUUGGUACCUUGGUUAAUAUUUUGGUUUCUUUUGUUAUGUUUAUCGAUUUUUCCAAUUUUAUUCUGAGUUGGUCGUUGAGGUCUCCAGUUUUUAUCUGAAUUUUAUUAUAAACGGCAGAAAUGUGGUCACAGUUUUACAGUUUUAUCUAAUGGGUGAUGGCACGUUGAUUCAGUGCA